ACAGUAUCUGUUCUUUCUGUAGGGUGACGUUAAUACAGCACUCCCUGACAGCACAGUCGUGCAUUUUCUGGACAGGACGUUGUGACGUUUGCCAUCAGUUAACCAGUAUGACUAAUCCGAAGAAGAUUCAUCUUUUCUGGCUGGUAGUCUCCAUGGUAAUUGCAUUUCCUGAAAUGCCGGUUUCAGCUGUGGAUCUGCAGAUAGGUACACCUGCUGGGCCGCAAUGCUUCGGGAUAUCAAGAGGUCAGCAUUUUGUCCUUGGCUUUUCUGACAACCAUGAUUCGCGUUCCGAAACUAGGGAGCUCACUAUUUUAGUGGUAGCUUUCAGUAAUCGACAAACAUCAGUCACGAUCAGCAGCAAGUAUGAAGUAGCUGGCAGGCCAUUCCUGGAGAGCUUUGUGAUUGGGGCAGGUGGGUUUAGAAGAACCGUACUUCCUGCCGAGCUGGUGAUGGAAGGCACCGAGAGAAGCCUGAAGGGGAUCGAGAUUUCAGCAUCUUCCGAUGUGUCUGCGUACGGUUUGAUGUAUCAGGAUUUCACCACUGAUGGUUUUCUAGGUAUACCAACAAAUAAUCUUGGUACGCAAUACGUUCUGGUAACGGGGCCCCCCCUAUCUCCGUGGCGCUCCCAAUUUUCUGUCAUAGGCACGGAGGAUUCCACCUUAGUGCAAGUUACUUUACGAGGUCGGGUUACAUUUGAAGGAGAGGAUUAUGAUGCUGGUGAUGCGUUCAGAUUUAGGGUCGACCAGCUGGAAGCUGUCCAAAUCCAAGGAGCGCCUGGACAAGACCUAACAGGAAGCAUCGUCCAGACUAACAAACCAGUUGCCGUUUUCAGCGGCAAUGAAUGUGCGAAUAAUCCGAGAUCGACUUGUGACACAUUGACUGAGCAGUUGGUACCCAUCAAGAGUUGGGGGAAGAAACACAUCUACACCUCAGCCCGAAGCACCGACAGAAACAACUACCGCAUCGUUGCCUAUUUCACCGAGACAAUUGUCACUAUUCCGGGAUUUGGGAAUCGGUCCUUGGAUACGGGUGAGUUUUGGGAAGGCGAUUUGUAUGGUUCAGGGUCCGUGUCCUCCACUGAACCAACACUCAUGAUGCAGCAGCUUGUUAAUAUUAAUGGUGAACAACUUGACCCGUCUCUGAUACAGGUACCUGCUGUGGAACAUUUUGGGUUUAUCUUUGGGUUUACUACACCGCCUUAUUUUGGAGAGAGUUCAGAAGGUGUUUUCAACUUCAUCGGUAUCAUUGUGAAGACUAAUGCACGCCAGACUGUCUUUUUAAAUGGAUCUCCCAUAAACGGCACCAAUGUUAUUGAAAGUAAUGUACCCAACACUGACUAUACAUCGCUGACUGUCCAGCUGCCGAAAGGAGAAGGAUUCUACUUCGUCGAGCAAACUGAUUCUCAAAAUCCUCUUUCUGUCAUUGUCUAUGGGUAUGAAAAUGACGAAUCAUAUGGAUAUGCCGCUGGUUUGUAAAUAACAACACUAGGAGUAGAAUCGGAUGUAUAUUUGUUUUCCUUGGGUAAUUUCAAGCGGUAGGCCUCGAUAUAUAGCGAUUUAUUGCCAAGGUGGAGGUUUAAAAGGUAGAAUGUAAGAAUAUGAAUCUUGUUAAUUAUAAUGAUUAUACAACACAUUGCAUUUAAAUGUUGCGCUCCUAAGAGACACUCCUGUUGUGAAACACGUUCCUUUCAUCAGGCAUAUUAUAUUCUUUAUACCGACAAUGAAGAAACAAGGGAGACCAAGUGCGCCCUCAGUUUCUUAGCUACCUAAACGUUUGGCAAGUGAUUUGCAUGUUCUCAUUAAACACUUUGAUUUGUAUCAUAUGUGACCUUUGUGCUUCCUCGCAAGGGCAACUUGUAUCAGUGUCCUUCCAUACACUGAAAGUUGUCCAAACUUUAUAUCUGGAACUUUCUUCAGGUUGUUGGAUAAUUGAUUUCUAAUAUACUAAAAUCAUUUUGAUUAUUGUAAAGUUUAGUAUAUACAUGUACUGUAUAUCGUUUAACAUAGUGUCUGGAUGGGUGAGCCUACUUCUGGUAAACUUGCAUAGCGCAUUAAUUUUGUUAAAGGUAGUUUGGCUGACUGUGAGCUGGGGCUUUUUCUCAAUGAUUUUGAGUAGAGAAGAGCAAUACCCAUUUUUUCUGUAAAUCCUCUCGAUUUUGUAGGCCAUGGCAUGGUCCUAGUGGAAAAUAAUAUGGGAGGGUAACUUCCUAAAACUCCCAGUGAGUAUUGUUCUGGUUUAUAUAAUCGUUUUGUCGACAGAGAAAUUGUGUUAUUUUCGGGAUAGAGCUGACUCAUUAUUGUAUUGUAGCGUACAGCCAGCCAUGUGUUGAACUUUGACCUUCACAUUAUAUUACUCUGCCAUUUGAUUAUUGUAAUACUUAGGAUAGCUACUAGUGAAAUGUAAUUUUAAAUCAGUAGAUAGUCAUCAUUAUAUUGUUAUUGUUUUGUUGGAUAUUUUGAAAGUUCAUCCGCUUUAAGUAGAGGACCGUUAAAAGGUCCGUGAGAUGAUUUUUCUUAGAAACACAUUUUGUUCAACUCUCUUCUACUCUUAAAUGUAUGAAAGCUAUUUUACAUUAAUUUUUGCAAAUAUUAA